GUUUUCUUAACUAAUUACAAAAACUAAAGCGUACUUUGGGAUACAUUUCUCUUCUUUGUUUUAUAAUAACGGUUGAACUAUACGAUGUCUUAUUUCCGUAGCGGUAUCAUUGGUUUUUUGUCUGGCUUGGGACUUAGUUAUGCUGGCGGUGUCCAGUCACUAUUGUUGUCAAGUAAACAAACCCAAACGGAAUUACAAGUUACGACAGAAUUAAUUCAAGAACAAGUAAAAUCUCAAAAGGAAUUGGAGAACCGAAUUCGAAUAUUGGAAGAAACGGCUUCAAGGUACAAUACUGAAGAACAAGUAAAAGAAUGGAAAACGAUCGUCCAAAAUAUGCACCUUGACCAAUUGGAAUUACAAUCACGACAAAAGCAAGUUGAAGAGGCUCUUGGACACUUAUUAUUAGAACGACAAACCAAGCUUUUGGUAUGAAAAAUGUAAGAUAGUAACGAGAACUUAUUUUGUGUAAAUAUUCGGAUAGAACGAUAUAAACCCAUUUUAUUCAUAUUCAUACUCAUUCUUUUCUCUCUCUAAUUAAUGUACAUUCCGCUUAUGUCGAAGAUGGUCUGUGAAGUACUCGUUCCCAUGGAACAAUUUUCGCUUGGGCAAACUCAUUUAAAGAGCUCACUACUUUUUGAUAGUCCUCCCAACUAUCCAUAUUUGAGCAUUCCUUCAGUUUUUCCGAAAUAGUAUUUGUAUACGUGAGUUCUCCCUGUAAGCGUUGAUAUUCUUCGUCUUGCUUUACCAGUUGAGCCUUUUUCUCUUUCACUUCAUUCGAAAAUUCUUCUAACGACUUUUUAGUAUCAAACACAGUAGGUGGCUCGAUGUCUUUUGCUGCUUGUAAUGUCAAUAAAAUCUGGCUCAUCCAUUCCGUAUUCCUAACAAACCGCGCAGUGCAUAUUUGCUGCGGUGUCAAUUUGUCCAUGAUGUCUCCCUUUUCAAUUUCAAGAUCUUCCGGAGCAAUUGGCGGCGUCACCCCAUUCUGUAUUGUUGUCUUUACUGAUGGGUCAGGUACUUGAUUUGGGGGAACAUUCCCUGAAGGUGCAGCAGCAUUCGCAGUAGAAGGCGUCCGCGAACGUGCUCGUAAUUGAGAUGUAGCCGAAGAUACACUGGCUUCAUUCAUUGGGGUGUCUACUGAGACGUUUGCAGCUGGUGUCCUCUGUUCCCUAAGUAAAAAUGGAGGAGUUCGUAUAUCAGGAAGAGGAUAUUGCCGUAUUUGCGGUGGUUUCGCAAUUGAAAUGUUUGCUGGCACAGAAUCGUUUUCUGGUGCAUGUAUAUAGUGAAUUAACCAGUAAUUAUCAAACCCAAUCCCAAGCAAACGAUAACGAAACCGAGAAUGAACUGUUUUAGGUUCUGAUAAUGGAAAGAAGCCAUGUUUCGCUUCGUGGAUCUCGAGCACCUGUAUCCAUAGUCAAUAUCAGUUAUCUAAAGAUCAAACUAAUUGAUCCAUCAUGCUUCUUAUUGUUGACUUCCAGUCGAUAGUAGAUCUGUUGUAUGGCCAAUCUAAAGAAUCCUUCCUCAAAACACUUACCUUUCCAGUUACCUCUAUAUUAAAGACACGUUCAUUACUCAUAAAAUGCAUACCAUCUGGAGGACAAGGUAACGUUGGUGCUUGCCAAGCUAAAAACAAUGUUCCAUCAUUGGGUUGGUCGACUAGCGUCCAUGAAAACGUAAUCUGUAACAUUAGAAAUGCUUUCUUAUCUUAAAAAGAGAAUACC